GCCCUGUGGCCCUGUGAAUCCCCCUUUUGCCUCACCCGACACCCAACACAACACCUCCUCCUCCUCUGUGUACUUUCUGUCCUGCGCAGCGCAUUCUGGUCAUCAUCAACACACCUGCACACACAAACCCAAACUCGCACCUGACUUGAACUUGGAAUAGCCUCAAGUUUGGUUCCUCCUGCACACCAUCCCGCACUUCAAACCACCACCUGCCGCACACAUACUCCAGCAUACUCCAGCGUAACUAGUUUGGCGGGGCAGCAGGCUCUGGUCACCGCACCUUCCAACACGUACUCCUCGUGCUCUCAACACCACCGAUCACCAACAUCCUACGCCUCAUCCCUCUCCCGCACCCUAUUACCUAUCUCCCACCUCCACCAAAAACAUCAAUAUGUCUCGCUUCCUAACCAAGAGUAAGUGUAGUUCUAAUACCAUGUUUUCCUAGUCACAACAGUACCAAGGAGGCUGUCGAUCUGGAUCUGUACAGCAUCGUGAACCUCCAAACUGACAGCCAGCCAAAUAUAUCACCCAUAAAUCCUUCAAAAACCAAUGCUAAAUGUCAUAUUCUUCUAGAGCUCAAAGAGACACACCUUGGCCCUCUUGCCAACACAUUCUCUCGUUCGCCAUCUACCUCAACCAUCACUCCAGAUUCCAAAGACGACAAGCCUACCACCCCCUCAAAUGACAAUGGGAUUGGUAUGUACAGAUGUGUUUAAGUUCGCUGUUAUCCUACUGAUCUUCUCAGCUGCCUCAGAAGCCAUAGCCACACAACCUGCGGCCCCACCGCGACCGGGUAUUCUGAUCGUUACGCUGCACGAAGGAACUGGAUUUUCCCUACCCGACCAAUACAAGAAUGCCCUCAGUUCACAUCAGCAAAACUCCCUUUCCCAGGGCAAUGGCUUUGGAGUUGCUGGCUCAGUACGACCUGGCUCUUCGCAGCAAUCAGGCAGCGUUGCUGGUUCUUUUGCAGGCGCUCGACCCCAGACUUCCGGGGGUGGAUUUGGUGCAAUUCCUACGAACCAUGGUCGAAUUUCCUCCAAGUACCUCCCUUAUGCUCUUUUAGAUUUCGACAAACUCCAAGUUUUCGUAAACUCGGUUGCAGGAACCCCCGAAAAUCCCCUCUGGGCUGGAGACAAUACUGCAUACAAGUUUGAUGUUUCUAGAGUUACAGAGCUUGCCGUGCAUUUAUACCUGAGAAAUCCGAACGCUCCACCUGGGGCUGGGCGGAGUCAGGAUAUCUUCCUCGGUGUGACACGAAUAAACCCUCGUUUCGAAGAAGUCCAUAAAUAUGUUGAAGACCCAAAAUUGAGCAAGAAGGACAAGGAAAAGGCAUUUGCAGAGUGGCAAGCAAAAGAAAAAACACUUGGUCUCAGCGGAACGGAGUGGCUGGACGUUACCUAUGGAACAGGUAAGCUCCGAAUUGGGGUGGAGUACGUUGAGAACAGAACAAGAUCUUUGAAGAUUGAAGAUUUCGAUUUGUUGAAGGUCGUUGGGAAGGGAAGCUUUGGAAAGGUUAUGCAAGUAAAGAAAAAGGAUACCCAACGAAUCUACGCCCUCAAGACUAUCCGAAAAGCUCACAUCAUCUCCCGGUCCGAAGUCGCACAUACUCUUGCUGAACGAUCCGUCCUCUCCCAAAUCAACAACCCUUUUAUUGUCCCUCUCAAGUUCACUUUCCAAUCUCCAGAAAAGCUCUACUUCGUCCUGGCGUUCGUCAAUGGAGGAGAAUUGUUCCACCAUCUUCAAAAGGAGCAGCGCUUCGAUAUCAACCGAUCGAGAUUUUACACAGCAGAGCUUCUAUGUGCUCUGGAGUGUUUGCACGGUUUCAACGUCAUUUACCGAGAUUUGAAACCAGAGAAUAUUCUCCUCGAUUAUUCUGGACAUAUUGCACUCUGCGAUUUUGGUCUCUGCAAAUUGGACAUGAAGGACGAAGACCGAACCAACACCUUCUGUGGAACACCGGAAUAUUUAGCUCCUGAAUUGCUCCUCGGCAACGGAUAUACCAAGACGGUGGAUUGGUGGACUCUAGGUGUUCUAUUAUACGAAAUGUUGACUGGUCUACCACCAUUCUACGACGAGAACACCAACGAGAUGUACAGAAAGAUUUUGUCGGAGCCUCUCCAUUUCCCUGGUCCUGAGAUUGUUCCUCCAUCCGCCAAGGACCUCCUCACCAAACUUCUCAAUCGCAAGCCCGAUCAAAGACUAGGAGCCAAUGGUGCAUCUGAGAUUAAAGCACACCCCUUCUUCCACAGCAUUGAUUGGCGCAAGCUGCUCCAACGUAAAUACGAGCCAACCUUCAAACCCAAUGUGGUAAGUUUUGCAAGACUAGGCCAAGGUUGAUGGCAACUGACUGACUGUAAUACAGACUGGUGCUCUCGACACGGCAAACUUCGAUGUCGAGUUUACAGGAGAGGUGCCUACAGACUCGCUUGUGGAUGGUCCUUUACUUUCACAAACCAUGCAACAACAGUUUACCGGUUGGUCUUAUAAUCGACCUGUUGCAGGCCUUGGCGACGGGGGAGGAAGUAUCAAAGACCCCUCAUUCGGCAGUGUUCAGGACAGCAGGUAGGUAAUCGAUAGGCAUACACUUUCGACUACGACGAAUAUGAAGAAAUGAGAUCUUGCCACUUGAAAAUGAGCAUUGCACCUCUUGGUGGCUCCUGAUAUCUGGGCUGGUUGAUUGCGUGGCAAUUCCCUGUAGAAACAGAGGAGCUUCUUUCUUUCGUGAUUGUGAUUGCGGCGUUUUGAAGGGAUGGAUUCUAUGGCGGCUGGAGAAGUACUUUGGUGAUGGUGAUUUGGUGGGCAAGCCGUGAAAAAGGUCACUACUUACAUAGAACAAUGUGUUGAUUACUGCAUUUGAAAAAUUUGAGAGCUCAUGAUUAUGCAU